GAGAGGCUGCGGCGGCUGUGGAGGAGCCGCACGAUGACCUUCGGGGUGCCCCUGCUGCUCUGUGGUGCCAUUCUGCCACGGUGCCAUGUGGAGGUGAUGAAGAGGAACUGUGAAGUCUAGAGGAAAGCAACAUAAAAGGAACUCUUUCCUGAUCACAUAAAGUUUAACUUACAAGUCUUCAGCAUUCAUGGCUCUAUUAUAAAAGGACAGCUUCAGUUUCUGCUGCUUUAUAUUCCACAACCAACUCUACCUGAGCAAAAGGGAUGUGUCUGUCAAUGUCAUAUUGCUGCAGUGAUGCUUCUGUAAGAUCCUGAGAGAGCAAGGCUCCUUGGCUUCCUGCUGGUGCAUCCAGCAUCACACCUUCCUUAUGGGACACUCAACAUAAGCUUAUGGAGAAAAUGAAGGUGGUGUUCAGAAACUGCAGCUCAACCACCAGGACAGACUUGGAUUUCAAACAUCUGCAGCUGUAGAAUGAAGUUCCUUUGCUGUCUUACCAGCCCAAGCAAUCUCUAUCUCAUCGGAGGAUCUUUUGGACUCCGUGAAUUUGCUCAGAUAAGAUACGAUGUUCACAAACUACAUGGCAAGGUUGAUCCAGCUUUGAAAGAAAAAUUAAAACAGAAUCCUGUGACAUUGGAAUCUGAAUAUGAGAAGCUUGAAAAAUCUAACUUGGAUAACUGGGAGAACAUCAGAGGACCCAGUCUGUGGGAAGAUUCCAGGACGGUUCAGAAACAACGGCGGGAGGCUCUCCGUCUCAAGACUGAGUGACUAAGAAAGCCGCCUUUGGUGCCUCUGGAAAAAAAAAAAAAAGUCAAAAAAAGUCUCAGGCUGGACUGUCUUAAUUUUUAAUCCAGUGUCAGGAAGAGACAUGGGAGCAUUUGCACUGUACAAUUCAGCUGGUGUAUAUAUAAGUGACUGUGAGAUCAGACCAAAAGGCACUGUAUUAUAUGAAGCUCUUUGUUUGCAUCCAAUUGCAUCCAGGCUGUAUAUGUGAAUUUUCAAUUAAAAAAAGCUGAUUAUUCUACCGAGAA